AUGAGCCUCAGUUCCUCGAAGAAAAUGAGUCCGCAAAAGCUCCAUAGCAAGCAGUCCAAGCCAAUCUCGGAUGAUGCUGGAGGAGGAUCCAUGCCUACAACACCAUCCCCAAAGUCUUUAAAGAAGUCCACCGGUACUUCAGAGCAGCGGCGUCCUGUCCAUUCAUCCAAGGAUGAGGUAUCUCAAGCUUCUGGUUCGGGGACCCCACUUGGGCGCGCAGCGUCCGAGCAGGCAGGUGAAGCUAAGAGCAUGACUGGCAAAGCGAAGGAUAUUAUGCCGAAGGGAGAAGAGAUGCCGAAGGGAAAAGAGAUACCGAAGGGAAAAGAGAUGCCGAAGGGAAAAGAGAUGCCGAAGGGAAAAGAGAUGCCGAAGGGAGAAGAGAUGCCGAAGGGAGAAGAGAUACCGGAGGGAGAAGAGAUACCGGAGGGAGAAGAGAUACCGGAGGGAGAAGAGGCUCUCACAAAGAACGCACCGGUCACUUUGGCGGCGCUUAAGGGUCUCACUGUCGCCGACGGUGGGCAAGUUCUCGAUCAGGACGGUAACCCACUAGGGAGAGUAGUGGAAGGAGAUCCAGAAGACUUGGUGGGACAGACCAUCGAAGAUGAUGGCGAGAUCGUCGAUGAAGAUGGUGACCUGAUCGGUCGUGUUGAAGUUCUGGAAGACGCGGCCGAUCAAUCCGAGGAGGUUGCCACGAAGGGCCAGUCGGAGCUAGACCAGGCCAAUGAUGUGGUAACUAACUUGGCAGAUCUUGAUGGGUUGCCUGUUUCUGAGGGUGGCGUGAUAAAAAAUGCUGCUGGCCAGGCGGUGGGAAAAAUUGUCGAGGGCGAUUCGGAGGACCUCGUCGGAUAUACCCUUAAUGACGAGGGAGAGGUCAUGGAUGAUGAUGGCGACCUUAUAGGACGUGCGGAGCUGAUUCCAGCAGAAGAGCAGCAGGAGGCCUUAGAAGAGACUGCCAACGAGGCCACCGAGGAAGCCAGCCAAGUGAUUCCUUCGAUCGAGUCUCUCGAGGGCCUAAAGUGCAACAAGCGCGGCUACAUCAUAGACGAGGCUAAUGGCAAGCCCAUUGGCGAGGUAAUUGAGGGUGACCCUAAGCGGCUCUCGAAGCUUGGCGCUGAGCUCGACGCUGAAGGCCAGUUUUGGGACAACCGCGGGAAUGUCAUCGGCAAGGCUCAGCCUCUCCCCGUCGAAGAGGACAAAGAAGAGGGACCAUUUGCGAACCUGGAUGGCCUGGUCGUGGGCCAGGAUGGAUGGAUUGAAGACGAGAACCAGACGAGGGUUGGGCGACUCAUUGAAGGUGACCCUAAGAAGCUGGUCGGCCGGGCAGUCGACGAGGACGGUGAAGUGCUUGACCGACACGGCACCGUUAUCGGGCGUUCGGAGCGCUGGGAAGAACCUGAACCUCCGGAAGAGGAGCCUAUCGACAUGUCUAGUAUGGAUGGGCUAAGCUGUAAUAAAGCCGGCUAUGUGAUCGGGCCUGAGGGUUUCCCGAUCGGCCGUGUUAUCGAGGGAGACCCUAAGAAACUGGUGGGUAAGAAGAUCGAGGACGGCGAAAUUUACGACGGCAAGAAUAUGGUGGGUCGCGUCGAGCUUAUUCCCGAGGAUGACCGAGAAGGUAUUCCUUCUGGCGCGUUCGCCGGACUGGAGGAUCUAGUUGUCACUAAAGACGGGUUUGUUGAGGACGAGAAUGGCUCUAUUGUAGGCCAACUUGUCGAAGGCGAUGCAAAGAAAUUACGUGGCCACGCGGUCGACGAGGAUGGCGAGAUCACAGACAAAUAUGGCAAUGUUAAGGGCCGCGCUGAGCCUUACGAGCCACCCGAAGAAGAAGCCCCUGCCGAAGAGGACUUGUCUAUUCUUGAGGGCAAGGUUGUUAAUAAACAGGGCAAUAUCGUAGACCCAACUACGGGUGCCGUCUUCGGACGACUCGUCGAAGGUGACAAGCGUCUCGCGGGCUGUAAGGUUGACAGCCAGGGUCAAGUCUGGGGUGAUAACGGUAAAGUGGUCGGCCGGGCGGAGCUGAUUCCCGAGGCGGAGCGGGAAGAGGCGGAGGGUCCGUUCUACGGUUUCCACAACGCUAAGGUCGGUAAGGAUGGCGUGGUCGUGGACGGAGAACAGAUUAUUGGCCGUCUCUUCGAGGGUGAUGCGAAGCGGCUUCUCGGCCGUAAGGUCGAAGAGGAUGGCGACAUACUAGACAAAAACGGGAACACGAUCGGGAAGGCGGAACGUUGGGAGCCCGAAGAGAAGAAGCGCGACGUUAACCCGAUGGCCGGCCGGAAGGUCACUAAGGAAGGCGAGGUGCGCGACGCCGAUGGUAACCUUAUCGGCAAGCUGACAUCGGGAGACUUGCCCACGUUGAUGGGUAAAAUAGUCGACGAUAACGGUUAUGUGGUCGAUAAUGACGGUAAUAAAAUUGGCGAGUGCACACUAUUAGAGAAUAUCCCCGAAGAGGUCGAGGAAGUCGAGGAACUCUCGCCCGAAGAGAAACAGGCUCAGGAGAAGAAGGAACAGGACCGCCAGCUGGCACAGAAGAUGUGCGGUAUUCUUAACCAGACCAUAGAGCAGGUCAAGCCGAUAUGCAAAAUGAUUACCGAGCACCUCGAGAGAGCAGACCGUACCCCGAAGGACGAGUUAGAUGAGGAGAAGCUAGUGCAAAAUGUUAAGCCACUACUCGAAGAGGGCGGUCGUAUCCUUCAGGAAUGCAACGGCGCUAUCCGAGGCCUUGACCCGGAUGGCCGUAUUGCCGCGACAGCUAAGGCGCGCGCCUCCUCGCGUGAUGCGACCCCGGAGGAGUAUGAGCUGGCCGACCGAAUUAAGGAGCUUUCCGAAACGGUCACCGCGACGAUCGAGAGCGGCCGCAGACGCUUAGCCGACAUGCCUCACGCUAAGAAGAAGCUGAAUCCUCUCUGGGCGCUGCUCUCAGAACCUCUUUUCCAAAUCAUUGCCGCCGUGGGCUUGCUACUGAGCGGUGUUCUGGGCUUGGUUGAUAAGCUCCUCGGCGGUUUAGGGCUCGGUAAUUUGUUAAGUGGCUUGCUUGGUGGCUUGGGCCUUGACAAAAUAGUCGAAGGUUUGGGGUCUCUAGGGCUGGGGGAAGCAAGUAGAGGGGAGAUUGGUUUAUGA